AGCCGCUGCCCCGCUCGGCCAAUCACCGCCUUCCAUGUCCAUCUUCAUACGUCGGGAGCGUGGCUCGCUCCAAUUGGCUGAUAUAAACAGCAGUCCUCGUUGGAUUACAGAGAGAAUAAUUGUUCCACAGUUUUCUUUUUAACGACUUAUUAUAGCUACAGGUGACUCAUUUUUGAACGGAAAGUGACUGAUUAAAUGCGAUAUGUUGCGAACUAGAGGAAAUAGUUAUCGCGAGCGGUGCGAAGGUUGAACAUCCGGGAACCUUGCAACGUUUACCUUAGCAACCACUUUGACACUGUUGCUAUGACAACGGGAGCCCAGGCUGGUUUCUCUUCCGCGGUGUCCGGGGUCCCGGUUUCGCGCAGCAUUGGAAGGCGCUGGAUACCUUUGGAAGGCAUCACAUUUGAAAGGCACAGAGAUCACUACAAGAAGUACAAGAAGUCACUUCAGUGAGGUUGAGUGAAGGAGAUGGAGGGGCUUGGUGCCCUGAAUGAAGAUGAUGAAGAGGAGACCUGCCUCUGUUUCUCCCGUGAAGCGUCCGUUUGGACAUUCCUGUGUACUGUUCCUGACGAUCUCCAGCCAGAACGAAACUACCUGGAGAGAGAGCUCCUCCCUCAGCUUGACAGGAUAUGUCAGGCCGGAGGAGCCCGGUUCAAGCCUGUGAACCUACGGUGGAACAGGGGAGAAGCAGAGAACUGGUCUCCUCAUCACCCCCACCGCAAACUCGUCUCCUCACAACAGCUGAAGAUCAGCUUGGAUUACAUCAGUUGUUGUUCUGUUUUCAUGUGCCUGCUGGGCCAACGGUAUGGAGCUUUUCGGCCAGAGAGCUCUGCACCUUUGCCAGCUUCCAUAGAUAGUCUAGAUGGCCUGUCUGAAGUGGAGAAAAAUCUUUACGUUGCCAGCAAGCAUGGUUAUCCCUGGGUGCUCGAGGGCAGAAACCAAACCUGCAGUUUGACAGAGCUGGAGGUCACCCAGGCUGCUUCCCUCAAGGACUCCUCUGGGUGUUUUUUCUACUUCAGAGAUUACUCCUACGAUGAUGGGGCUUCCGAUGCCGAAAACGAGAGACUGCUGAGCGUCAUGUCCAGGCAGACAGCUUUCGAAGAGCAGAGGGUGAGGGAACUAAAGACCAAGAUCAUUAAUAAGUGUCUGCCUGUCAGGUUCUUCAGAAGUCUGCAAGAGCUGGGAGAGCAAGUGAUUGAAGACUGGAGAACAAUUAUCAAACAGUUUUGUUCUCUAGACACUGUUAAUACAUCUGUUGGCCUUCAGCACAGCCCCCCUCACGCACAUCACCAGGCCUUCGCACAGCACUGCUGUCGGAGCUUCGUUCCCUGGCUGCAGUCGGGCCGGGUCUCGGACUCACUCGACGCGUUUGCACUCUCUGCCACUACCGACGCCCAGACCCAGGAUAAUGUCCUUCCCAGGGGAACUGAUAAAGCUGAAAAUACAAGCUCAGGACAGCAGCUGACAGAAGAACCGGCCCAGAAAUCCAUCCUCCUGCUCUGUGGCUCCAGGGGGUGUGGCAAGUCAUCCAUGGUUGCCAGCUGGCUCCGGGAUUUCUGUCGGAAGAGUUCCGGAAUCCUGGUCGUACCCUAUUUCGUGGGAGCCAGUCCCGCCAGCGCUGAUGUCAGGAUCUUUCUCAGCCACUGCACCUCAGCUCUUCGCUGUGCAAGCUACGGUAGUGUACCGAGACACUGGGCUGAGGGUGCCUGGAGAGGGGGAUCUGAGGCCACGGCGGAGCCCCUGUCUUUCCCCCAGGCAGUCCAGGCCUUUGCUGCAGCGGCUGGACUGAGGCCCUGUGUCCUGGUUCUGGACGGGCUGGACGAACUGGAAGGGACCCUCGGGCUGUCGACUCAGGAGGUGAAAAAACUGCAAUGGCUUCCCGACCCCCUGCCUCCUCGGUGCAAACUGAUAUUCACCUCCAGCAGCGCGGACCUCUCCUGCAAGUACCUGAGCUCUCGCACAGAUGUGCACGUGCUGCACUGCCCCAGCCCAGCUGACCCCGCCGUGAGGGGAGCUAUCGUGCGGAAACACUUGGCGCUGCCUUGCAGACACAUCCUGGGGGCUCAGCUGGAAGGCCUGCUGGCAAAAAACCUGAGCUUCCUCCCGGUGUUUCUGUCUGCUGUGGGCGGCGAGCUGCGCACCUGCGGGGCACUGCAGGACGAGGAGCAGAAGCUGGAGGAGUACCUGGGGGUGUGGUCUGUCCAGGAGCUGUGGGCCCUGGUGAUAGAGCGCUGGGUCCAGGACUACAGCUGGGGUUGUGAGAGCACCACCCGUCGGGGCAGGAAGAGGGCAGCAGCCCCAGCUAGAGAUGCACAGGCAGGACCGCGGGGCUGGGUGUGGGCCGUGCUGUGUCUGCUGCGCCUGGCACGCUGCGGGCUGAGGGAGGAGGAGCUGCUGAGCCUGCUGCACACCCUGGGCUACCGCGGAGCCCGGAAGGUCCUGCCGCUUGACUGGGCCCUGUUCCGCUCAGCCUCCUGGCACUGGAUCCAGGAGGGCCCCAGCGGCCUGCUGAGCCUUACCCACCAGUCCCUGCACCAGGCGGUGGACCUCCAGCUGCUGGGAGCGGAGCCUGCCGGGCAGGAGUCUGGCUGCUGUGAUGGCAGCAGGAAGGCCUUCCACAGGGCUCUGGCCCAGUUCUUCCAGCAGCUGCAUGGCGCCCCCUGCAGGAGGGUGUUCCUGGAGGUGCCCUGGCACCUGGAGCGGGCCGAGUCCUGGGAGGAGCUGCGCGCCUUCCUGUGUGAUCCUGGGAUUGUUGACAUCCUGUCCAGAAGCUCGGCACAGUUUCUGCAGCUGAGGGCUGACCUGGUCAGGUACUGGGGACUGCUGGCAGGAAGAGGGUGUGAUCCCUUCCUGUCUCUCCUGAACCUGUGUGGCCUGAAACAUGCAUCUGAGGAGAGGAAGAGCACAGCUACAUUUAUAGUAGAUAAACCACUACCAGAGACCUGGGUUCAAGCAAGGCUGAUGGCUUUUUCUGCUGACAUUUUAAAUGACCUGGGAAAGACACCGGAAAGCGAGUUUUUACUGCUGGAGGCUGAAUCACGUCUUGUAGAGGCUGAUUUGAAAGACAGAAAAAGUAUGGGAGUGCUGCUGAGAGUGGAGCAGAGGCUUGCAGAGCUCUACAGCACAAUGGGUCAGCUAGAGAGGGCUGAGAUGUACUGUCACAAGGCUCUGAGCACUGCGGAGACCUGCCUGUCACACCACCCUGACAGCAGCGAUCACAUUGAAAGAGCAAGAGGCCUGGUGCUGUGCAGGCUGUGCCACCUGCUUGCUGGACGUGGGUCUCCUGAUGUCAGUGUCAUUCUGAGCGAGAUCAGUGCUCUCAGUCAUGCCAGCACCCACCCCUCCAGGGUGGCUACCGUGAAGCUCCUUCAGGGAAUGCACAGGCUUGCUCAGGGUGACCCCUCUGAGGCCCAGGCCUGCUACCAGGAAGCCCUGAGCAUCAGACAUCGCUGGUAUGGCCCUGAGCACCCCCAGGUGGCUGAGGCAGAAGAGCACCUGGCAGACCUGCUCUGUCAGGCCAGAGAGAUGGGCACGGGCAAAAGACACGUGGUGGAACUCUACCAACAUGUGAUCAAAGUUAAAGAAGAACAGAGGGUCUCUGCACUGUCUCCACACUUGGCACAGCCACUGGGAUGCAGCCUGGCGUUGACUCUUUGCCAAUUGGGAAAACUGCUGUUGACCAGCUCUGACCGGCAGGAGAGGAGAGAAGCCAUCCGACUCCUGCAGAGAGCCAGGGAUCUGCAGCUCAGCCUGCUGGGACCCGACGACCGGAUCACCAGGGACACUCUGCGGUUAUUAAAGAAAGAGACUCACGAUUCAGGCAUUACGCACAAUGUCAUAUUUCCCAGACAGACCAUACAAAGGUUGGAGCCCUAUCAUGCAGCACAGAGUCUUACACAGAAAUUCAAGCCACGGUCUCACAUAGCCUUGAGGGAGAGACCCCAAAACGUUUCCCAGUUUAGAUCAGCCUCAAGCAGCUGCAGGACAUUCAUGACAACACAUACUGAGAAAUGCCCUGUCUACAGGCCCUGGACAGCCUGCCAGACUUCGAUAUUUGGACCCUCUAGCAACAUCAAGAAUCUGAUUCUGUCUCUGAAACCGGACUCGAGGGACAGUUGCAGAGUUCUGCACAGGUCAGCAUGGUACCAUGAGCCCGGGAGAUACCCCACUCUUCAACAGCCAUUCCCUCCCAGGCUGCACCAGGCGAGAGGGCCGAGUGAGAGGCUCUUUCAGAAUCAUUUCAGACAUGCCAGAGAAAUACCGGGCGGAAAAGAACUUGAGAACAGUCACAAAUGAGAAGAGGAUGUUCUGCCUUCUGGUUCGUUUGGUACUCUGAAGCUAACUCAUCCAAGGAUCUCAACCAGCUGUUUCUUGACAGAAAGUAAGGUAUUGGCUUCAACAGUGUGGCUGUGCAGUUUGUUCCACCCUCCCACAAUCCUUUAUAAAUAAAAGGGUCUCCUGUUCUUGAUUAAAAAAAAAAUCUCCAUCUAUGAACUGGCUUCAUCACUCUGCU